UCGGGCACCACCAUCGCCCCUCGCACGCGGCGGCAGAGAGCGCAGCGGCAUGCAGCAGGUCCUUCGGCAGAUACAGGAGGCGGUCGAGCCGGUGCUGGAGCGCAGCCUGACGAAGCGCCGGCGCCAGGAGUUCCUCGCCUCGGCCGGCCCCCUCUUCCUCUGCCUCACCUUCAUCGAGGAUGCGCUGCGCGUGCUGCUGCGCUGGAAGGAGCAGAUGAGCUACAUGACCGUCACGAUGCGCAUGAGCGGCUGGCUGGGUGGACUCCUGCUCAUCUUUUCGCUCGUGACGCAGAUGACGGGGAGCGUUUUGGUGCUGCGUCCAAAGGAGGUCAAGCCCAGCCGCGUGAAGGUUGGCUGCUACACACUGCUCGCCUUCGUCUUCCUGCAGCCCUUCAUGUACGGCCAGGCGCGCGACGCAGACUUCAUGUGCCGCAGUGUGACACUAGCGGGCGGGCUGCUGCUGCUCAUCUGGUCCGAAAACGACCGCAAGCAGCGCAGCGAGGACAUGGGCUUGCCGUCCGGCAUGGAGUCGACGAGCUCGGACCGGCUGCAGCUCUGCGGGCGCGUCCUGCUGACGUUCCUCUUCUUCUUCCAGGCCGUGUACUCUGAGAAUGGCGGAAUGCACCGCCUCUGGACGGCGCCGUCUCUCUUCGGGCUCAUCAGCUUCGUGGUGCUCGCGGGCCUGGCGGGGAUGGUCUGCGCGGGCUUCAAGACGGAGUGGUCGGCGCUGCUGCUAUGCGGCAUCCUCUUCCUGUCCAACCUCUACAUGUACCCCUUCUGGUCCAUCCGCGAGGGCCUGAGGGACUUUUACCGCUACUACUUUUUCCAGACCCUCUCCAUCAUCGGCGGGCUAAUGCUGCUCGCGCUGCACGGCCCGGGCGGGAUCAGCUUGGACAAGGGGAUGAAGAAGGCCAUCUGACACGUGGCGCGACUGCACUCGCCGUGCGAGUCAGCUGCAACUAUCUGGGACGAGAGGCCGGAGGGGCCGGGAGGUGGAGGCGGAGGAGGGGUGGCGUGCCGGCGGAGAUUACUCGACGCGCGGGUACAGGAACGGAGAGGGUGCGAGGAUUCUCCGCGUUCGUCGUUUGUUUGCUCGCUUCACGCUUGUGUGCGCGACGUCCGGUUGCGCAGCCCCCGCGCCCCGUCGCGUGCUCAAGUACACGACUGAUCAGUGAACAAAAA